AUGGAGAAGUUAAUAAAAGGGCAACAAGAGUUGUUCGAUCAAUUGAUUAAAGCCGAACGCAAUUUUAAGAAAGCUAAUCAAGAGGCGCGAGCAAAAUACAGUUAUCUUGUGGCAAGAAUGGAAGCUUUGGAGAAAUUGGAAGAAGUGUUUAGCCAAAAUCAUCUUGAAAUAAUUACUAAAGCUACGGAGGAACAUUUAAAAGUGUUAAAAUAUUUCAGAGAUGAUAUGCAGGAUCAAUUUCAAGAAUUAUUCAUACAAUACAAAUCUAUUUUAAAAGAAUACAUUGCUUUGGCAAAACCACUCUCUGGAACAUCUUCAAUGGACACGAGAGAAAGUUCUUCAGCUAAUUCUAAACUUAUUAAUUCCGAGGUGCAAUUACCAAGAAUACAGCUUCCACACUUUUCUGGGAAAUAUACCGAGUGGCAAUCUUUUUAUGAUAUGUUCUUAUCAUUGAUACAUGAGAAUAAUACUCUUUCUCCGGUUCAGAAGCUGCAUUAUUUAAAAUCCAGUUUAUCAGGAGAACCCGAAAUGCUACUUAGAAAUUUUCCUACUACAUCAGCUAAUUAUAAAGAAGCAUGGGAACAAUUAUCUAAACGUUACAACAAUAAGAAAUAUAAUUGCAACGCGAUUAUGAAGACAUUAUUUGGACAAAAAUUAAUACUACAUGAAUCAACAAAUGCACUAAAACAUUUGUUAGAUACAACAACAUCUUGUCUGAAAGCUCUAAAUAAUCUGAACAUUAGCACUGAUCAAUGGGAUCCGGUUAUAAUACAUCUAGUGGUGUCUAAAUUGGAUCACGAGUCACUAAGACAGUGGGAGACUUAUGUAAGUUCAACUACAGAUGAUUUACCCAAAUGGUCUCAAUUGGAACAAUUUAUCGAAACACGAUUCAGAACUUUAGAAUUGCUCGAAACUGGUAAGCAAAUGAGUAAAACCAUGAUUCAAUCAAGAUCAUCACAUCAACCGGUAAAGACUAAGUCAUUUCAUACAGCACUUGAAGUAAAAAAUGCUUCACCAGAGGCGACAUGUGAAAUGUGUAAUGGUCCACAUUUUGUCUAUCACUGUGCCCAGUUUAAGAAACAACCAAUUUUAAAGAGGCAGAAUAUAGCACAGGCAAAAAGACUUUGCUUUAAUUGUCUGGCGCCAACACAUUCUGUGUAUAAAUGUCAUCAAAACACUUCAUGCCAUAAGUGUGGCAAAAAGCAUCACACUUUGCUUCACUUUGAAAAGGAAGACAAAGAGGCCUAUUACACUCUGAGACAAACCGAACAAAAUAAAGGAGAACCUGAACAACGAGAACGAGAAACGACAUCAGAGACGAACGUAGUAGCAAAUUUUUCAAGAGGAGAUAUAAAAACAUAUAACGUGUUACUAGCAACAGCAGUGGUAAAAUCUAAAUCUAAAAAUGGUUGUUUCGUCAUCAGAGCAUUAAUUGAUCAAGGCUCUCAAGCCUCUUUUGUCAGCGAACAUAUUGUGCAAUUGUUGGGUCUUAAACGUACAAAUGUGAAUGGUAAGGUGUCUUGUUUGGGAGACGGUCAUCUUAAUAUUAAACAUGCAGUAAAUGUAGAAAUUGAAUCGCGUUAUGAACCUGUUGGAAAGGUUUGUGUAAAUGCUUAUGUAUUAAAGUCACUAACGUCAUUGUUGCCGAGCCGUGAAGUUCGUAUACCUGACUGGCUUGAGCUAAAAUCGUUACCGCUUGCAGAUCCAGAAUUUUCAUCACCAGGUAAAGUUGAUAUAUUACUUGGCGCUGACGUGUAUGGAGAAAUUUUGCAGAAUGGAGUGAAGAAGAGUCCACGUGGGAAUUUACUAGCACAAAAUACUUUAUUCGGGUGGGUUUUGUCGGGAAAAAUAGAACAAGAGUCGGUAAAAGAGAAUGUUUUAAACUUACAUGUACAAGUAAAAGAAGACGAAUUAUUGAAAAAAUUUUGGGAAAUAGAAAAUGAGCCGAACAGUAUCGAGAAAAGAUUAACAGAAGAAGAAAAACUAUGUGAGAAAUUGUACGAAGAAACUACUUUAAGACGAGAAGAUGGAAAAUUUGUUGUCAAAUUACCGUUUAAAACAAAUAAUCCACAAUGUCAGUAUGGUCAGUCAUGUGAUAUAGCCAUCAACAAAUUACUUUCAUUGGAGAAACGAUUAAGUAAGAAUCCUACGCUUUCAAACGAGUACAAUAGAGUUCUAGAAGAAUAUACUACACUAAACCACAUGAAACAAGUACCUAAUGAUGAUAUUGACAAUCCUAAGUGUGUCUACCUCCCUCAUCAUGCAGUAGUGAGAGAAGACAAGCAAACGACAAAAGUCAGAGUGGUCUUUAAUGCAUCUAAUAAAGGCGUUAACAAUGUGUCUUUAAAUGAUGAUCUUAUGAUAGGUCCUAAACUCCAACAGGAUUUGCGUCAUUCGUUACUGAGGUGGCGCAAACAUCCAAUCGCUAUAAUUGCAGAUAUUGUGAAAAUGUAUCGGCAGGUAUUUGUCCAUGAAGACGACACUAAUUUCCAAAGAAUAUUGUGGAGAUCUAAUGAUAAAGUACCAAUACAACACUUCAAAUUGUUAACAUUAACCUUUGGUACGGCCUGUGCCCCAUAUUUAGCAGUUAAGACCUUACAGACAUUAGCACUUCUGGAAAAGGAUAAGUUUCCAGUGGCUGCGCACAUUACUAAAAAUGAUUAUUAUGUUGAUGAUUUGAUGACGGGGUGUGAAACAGAGACAGAGGCUUUACAAAUUUACGAAGAAAUGACAGAGCUUAUGAAUACUGGUGGUUUUGAAAUGCAAAAAUGGAGUAGCAACAGUCAACGAUUUGUAAAUUAUAUUGAGCAAAAUAAGGUAAGCACCGUGAAGUCUCUGACAAUAGAAAGUGAUGCCAAAACUAAAGUUGCACCAAUCGAGAAAGAGGUAUCAAUACCUAGAUUAGAACUUUGUGGAGCAACUUUAGCUGCAAAACUAUUACACGAAGUUUCUCAAGUGAUGGAAAUACCUAAAAGUGACAUGUUCGCAUGGACGGAUUCAACCGUUGUAUUAGCAUGGUUACGAGGACCUGUGAAUCGAUGGGUGACGUAUGUGAGUAACCGAGUAUCACAUAUCCUUACAAUAAUGAAUUUUGAGCAAUGGGCACACGUGCCAACUAACGUCAAUCCUGCUGACUGCGCAUCACGAGGAUUGAAGCCAAUGGCAUUGAACAACUACGAUCUAUGGUGGCACGGUCCUGAUUUUUUAUCUGAAUUUAACAUUAAAGUUACGAAGCCCGAAGUAAUUGACACUAACGAAGAAGAACGAGUUAAGUCAUUUAUGGUAAUGGAAAAACAGGUAACUUUUGAAUGGGUGAAGUUUUCUGAAUUAAAUAAAUUAUUGAGGGUGAUUUCAUUAUGUCGAAGAUUUCUUAAAGUACGGCUACCAUUUGAAAAAAGAAAAGAAUUUUCUAAAGUUGUAACACCAGUUGAAAUUGAACAAUCUUUAAAAUUGUGUAUUAAACAAGCUCAAGAGUAUGAGUUUGAGGAAGAAAUACGGAGUUUAAAAACAAAAGGUUGUGUAGCUAAACGAAGCAUUCUGUACACUCUGUGCCCGUUUUUAGACAUAAAUGGGAUCAUACGAGUGGGUGGACGGUUGAGCCAAUCUGAGGUAAGCUACGAUCAGAAGCAUCCCAUUAUUUUACCGGCUAAGAAUCAUCUUAGUCAACUAAUAGUGGCUAAUGCUCAUGUGAAGACUCUCCAUGGCGGACCACAACUCAUGAUGAAUUACUUGAGGAGUAAAUUCUGGAUAUUGAGAGCACGUGAAAUGGUAAAAAAGUACUAUCAAAGCUGCGUCGUUUGUUUAAGAUAUUCUAAAGCGGUGGCAACACAGUUGAUGGGACAGUUUCCAGAAGCCAGAUUAAAACCUAGUCGCCCGUUUAAGACCUCUGGAGUGGACUACGCGGGUCCUAUUAAUAUACGCUUUUCGCCUGGACGAGGAGCUAAAUCCUACAAGGGAUACAUUUGUUUGUUCGUCUGUAUGGUAACUCGCGCAGUCCAUCUCGAAGCCGUGUCGGAUCUAACUGCUAAAGGUUUCAUAGCAGCUUUUAGGAGGUUUAUUUCUCGACGAGGACAUUGCAGCGAUCUUUACAGCGACAACGGAACUAAUUUUGUUGGAGCAAACGCCAUGUUUAACAAUAUGUUUAAAGGAGCUAAAUCAGAAUUAUCACAUGAAAUGAUAGAUGGAGAAUGA